UUUAAAUUUAUCAGAGUCGACUCGGUCGGUUCGGUUCCGAGUGCCACUCAGAACCGGUUAUCCAGAGCCGCUCGAUCGGUUCGACUCGGUUCGACUCGCAAAACCGGAACGGAACCGAUAGAGUCGUCCCCAUCCCUACAUGGCGACAGUUGCACCGCCAUAAUUUUUUGA